CCAGGCUACCAAGGGGCGUUUCACUCAAGUUGCUGUUAUAAGAUCCAGAGCCGUGCCGCCCAUCUGAUCGUAAGCUCUAUCAACGCAUUCUUCUCCAGACACACUCGUAUCCACGAUCUAUAUUCCUUUAAUCCAUUUCAUCAUCAUGCGUUUCUCUACUCUCGCUAUGGCCGCGGCCGCUGCCAGUGGUGUCGUCGCCCAGGAGGACACCUCCCUCUGCGGCAAGUACACCACCGCGCUCUUGAUGAACAACACUGCCGAGAACCAAUACAUGCUUCUCCAAUUGCUCGUCAACCGUGUCGUCACUGGUGCCACCCAGGAGCAGGUCAGCAAUGGAUCUGCUGUCCCCGGUAUCCUCGCCCCUGGCAACGUCAACGGCACCGACGUGAACCUCCUACCUUACUUCGAUGGUUCUCUCGCCUCGACCAACCGCAAUGGCGAAGCAGUCUCCGUCAACUUCCUUGCUGACGGUGGUGCUACACCAUUGACGGCUUCUCCUCCCAAGCCUGCCAACAGCACCGACUCUCCCCAAUACUACCUCCUUACCCACCUCUACUCCUUCUUCGGUGCCCUCCUUCAAUGCCAGGUCGGCUCCGACGGCUUCCCAGCCUACGAGGGCAACCCGUCCAUGGCCAAGGUGCACAUGUUUAUGGCCCUGACCAACGCCGAGAACACCUACUUCAUCCAACAGGUGGGCGCUGCAGCCGUCUCCUUUGGCGUGACAAUGGACGAUGUCAGCACCGUCGCUGAGGCUCUCGUCUCCACCUUCAACUAUCGCUGCUCCCCGGCUGCCAAGAUCGUCGGUGAUAUGGAGGAGCUCCAGUCCAUCUGCCAGGCUGAGGACUGCCCUCUCUCGCCCAACGCCAACUGCGACGCCUACCCCAACAGCGGUGCCGUCUCCUCGCCCACUCCUACUCCUUCCGGCUCCGCUGCUAUGACCCCGACUGGCGGCAGCUCGCCUACCAACACCGGCGCUGCCAGCACUCUUACCUACUCCGCUGGUGCCGGUGUUGCCGGUCUCAUCGCUGCCAUCUUCGCCUUGUAA